CAAGAAGAAGAGGAAGCAAUGCGCGAUGAAUGGGGCUAUCGUUCCAACCCCAAAAGCAAAAAGAAAGAAGAUGAGGAAAUAAAGUUUGAGUUCUUCGCUUUUUAUUAAAACAGUCAUAUCUCCUUCUUAGCUUUGUUGAUAUUUGAAACACGCCUUUAGACAUAGUUUCUUCUUGUUUUAGGAGCAACAGCUGCCUGAUGGAGACUAGUUAGCCUCAAAGCUAGCGGUCAAGCUAACACUAUGAACAAGAAGCAAACAGUUUAGUUUUAGAGAAAAGGGGGCAAAACCGACUGUUCACGGAUAUUACUGGCGGCUAACUGGACUCUGCACUGCUAGCAUUUGCUUCUCCGAGGAACACGGACGACAUUAUUACGGUCUUCUGCUCCACCAUGUCCACUUUUUCUUGGGAGGUUGUUGCUGAUCGGUUUCUUGUUCACCAAGAGAUAAACUCCAGUCCAAACGCUCUAGAGAUGAAAGUGGAACAGGAGGAACCGGAACCUCGACCAGUCAAAGAAGAACAGGUUGAACUUCGUGUCUCUCCAGAGGAAGAACUGCUUGUAGUGAAGCUGGAGACUGACUCCUUCACAGUGACCCCUGCUGGUGACGACAUGAUAAAGGAGGAACUUGAGCCUGUAAUGGUUAAAGAGGAUGAAAAGCAGCUUGUAGUGAAGCAGGAGACAGAGAGCGUCAUGGUGACUCCUGCCAGUAAACCAGAACUGAACCAAAACCUACUCCUCUCUGAAAGCAUUAAUGAAAAUGAGAACCAACUUCAACAAGGAAGCAAUCAGAAAGACGUACAUAAAGUGAAAAAGUUGAAGUCACAGAAGAAAAAGUUGUUUUCCUGUGAAAUAUGCGGUGAAAGUUUCACUCAGCUUCGAUACCUGACUGUUCACCUGAGGACUCACAAAAAUGGGAAACCUUUCCAGUGUGCCAUCUGCGGAAAAGGUUUCACCAAGCAGAGCAACUUGACCGCCCACAGGACAAUUCAUACAGGGGAGAAACCCUUUCCCUGUGAACUGUGCGAUAAAUCUUUCAGGACCAACGGUCAGUGGGUCAGCCACACCAGGACUCACAUAGGGGAGAAGACCUUUCCAUGUCCAACUUGUGGAAAAUGUUUUACCCAUAAAAACACACUCAACAGGCACGUGCAGAUUCACUCAAGUGGGAAAUCUUUGUCAUGCCUGACAUGUGGAAAAUGUUUUGCCAGAAAGACUACCUUGAAUGUUCACGAGAGGAGUCACACGGGCGAGAAGCCAUAUAUCUGUAAAGUCUGUGGCAGUUCUUUCAAUUAUAGCUGGCAUUUGUCUAAUCAUGAAAUGAUUCACACAGGCGAGAAGCCGUUCUCAUGCGCGACCUGUGGAAAGAAUUUCAGGGAGAAAGGAAGUUUAAAAACACACAUCAGAGUUCAUACGGGUGAAAGACCUUUUGUCUGUCGCGUUUGUGGAAAAGGUUUCGCUCAGAAAUAUAAUCUAACGGUUCACAUGAGGACUCACACAGGAGAGAAGCCAUAUUCAUGCAAAGCAUGUGGUAAAUGUUUCAGUGACAACAGUCAUUUCAGGCAACACAUAAGAUCUCGAAAAGAUGAAAAGCAUCUUGCAUGAUAGGAAAUCGUUCCAUCAAGCAAUAAUUUCUAGAAACCCAGCAGAGGGUUCACAGGUUGAAAUGUUUACCAAUCAUGCUAAAUUUUUAGUGAUUAUAUUCAGAUUCUGAUAAUAUUCAGAUUAGUCAUAUUACCAGAAUGAGGUUGUAUUUCAGGAGAAUAAAGUAGGAAAGUCCUAUGAUCGUACGAUGGAACACAGCAGUAAUUUUAUUAGAAUUCCUUCCUGAAAAGUAACUAAAAUGAGGAAUGUCUUGUGAAGUUAUACUUUGGUAUCAGUUUUAUAAAAAUGAAAUACUUGAUUUUUAAUUAUCGUCAGUAGAUUGAAGCAAUUAUGCAAAUGGCUGAGUGUAUUUCAGAGGAAGGACCACAUUGACUUGCCUAGUUGGUCGUGUCAGAUCUUGAUAAUUUUGCUGCCAUUAAAACAAAAUUUUCUUGUAAUAUCCGAUAUCCUCUGUUUUUACAGAUAUGGCGACCUUAUUGUAAUUUCAAAAAAGAAAAUCGGACCCUUUAAGGUUUACUGAACUUCAUUCUUAACGUUAUCGCUAGUCAUCUCAGAGUAAGGGGAUUGUGUCUGGGCAGCGAUAAAUUAGUUUAGGAUUCAGAUAUCGAUUUAUUUUAUUGGCUUGAUGGGUUUUCAAAUUGCUAAAUCCUUUUUUUCCUUCUGAAUAUUCAACCAUUUCAUUGCUUGAUUAUAUUUUCUAAUGGGUGUUUUAAAAGCAGAGUACUAAGUUUAUUGUGCAGAGCUGGUUAAAUGGAUAGAUUAGGGAUGCAACUAACAAUUAUUUUAAUAGGACCUAAUCUAUUGAUUAUUUUUUUCUACAGUCCUUUUUUUUUAGAAUCUCCAUCAAUUUCUGUGUUUUACUCUACAACUCUCACUGUUCUAGUUUACACAUCAUGACAUCACUUCUCUUUGCAAAGAAAAUAAAAUAUGAAUUUAAACUUUAACUGACUUUAUUUUAAACAACAAAUAUAUAUUUACAUCUGGUAGAUAGCAGUGAGCUGAAUUAUUAUCACAACUUGAAGACUGUGGAUAAUAACUUACCACUGGUCUUUGCUCCAAAACAUAUAAUGAUUAAAUGAGUAAAUAAAACUAAACUUUUUUCCCAAGCCAUCUUCAAAACACUAGUUUCCCCCAGUUAGUUAUUCUUACAUCGGUCCAGCGCAUGCAGCCGUCCCAAUGCUGCGUGUGUAAAAAUACACAUUUACCCCUCUCUUCUGCUACUUCUACUUUGUUUAAAUUGACUUAUUAGCAAAAACAAGCAAAUGAGUUGCUAAUCUUUUGUUUAAACUUAACUCACCUGCAGAAACACCUGCAGGUGCUUUCAUGCAUGGCUGGCUGUUGUAAAGUCUGCAUUUGACCCGUUUCCCUGAUUGAUUCCUUAUUAGCUUUUGGGCUGAUAUUCUAAAUCCCAUCCUGAACUGUGAGUUUGCUGCAUUGUUAUGUUUCUAUAAUUUCACUAUUAUAAAUGAGUUUCUCAGUUUGUUGGGUUUUUUUUCUUUUGUGUAGUCGUCAGGCUGCAUGUUGAUAACUUUGAGUUUGGCUCAGUAUUUUGACUGUAAGUUUAAACUAUUGUGUUAAUAAAUUACUUUGCUUUGGAGAAAA